UAAAAUACUAGUUACAUACAAAUGCUAAAGCAGGCCAUGAAAAUGGAGAUUCUUUAACAAAUUCCCGUUAUUUACAUCUGACAUCUAUACAUAUAUGUGUAACAGUGGUAUUAUACAAAAAUCAAAGCUAACUGAAACCAAAAUAACAGGGGUCCAAAAUGUAUUCAAAAAGUGUUUGGUUCCACUGUAAAAACUUGCAAAACAAUAACAUGCAUAAAUAGUUUGUUUGAUUAUUCAUUUCAAAGUACUUUUACAUAAUCAUCAAUGUUACAAUAUUCCACCAUGCAUCCACCACUUAUAGGCAUUCACGAGGGAAGAAACAGACAGCAGCAGGUACACAAAAAAAAAACGUGAUUAAAAUAAAGAAAAUGAAAUCCUGUUAAGACAUAAUUUGAACCAUUCAAGUAAAUCAGUUGCAUUUAAGGAGUCACAACGAAAUGAACGUUUGGAAAGGGAAAGUUUUAACAGAUGUACCUUUCGGUCAUGUCUUGAUAUUUAGUGGAAAAGUUAAACCCAAUCCGAUAAAAAUUUCAUUGGAUUUAACUGAUAAUAUCAGCACAAAGAAUGAAAGCGAAACGGUUUAUUUAAAACUAGAGGCAAAUUUUCGAGAAAAUCAAAUUAUACGUUCUAUGUUUCAACCGGGUGAAGGUUGGCAACAGGAAGAAAUUUCGAAAAAUUGGAAAAAUGAAGGACCUAAAAAUCCUUUAAUGCCAGGUCAACUAUUUACGUUUCGCAUUGCAAUUUUACAAAAAUGUUUUGAAAUCUAUGUUAACGAUAAUAUUUAUGGAACAUUUGAAUUUAUUAAAUUUCCCAAACAAAUUCAAUACGCAAUGAUAUAUGGAGAUUUUGAGAAGAUAACACAAUUUCAUCAUCGUAUGUUAUAUCCAUUAGUUUUUCCAAAAGGAUUAAUAUGUCCCGAAAGAGUUGCAUUCCAAAGUGAUGUUCCCCGGAAAUAUGAAGCAGGCACUGUAGUUGCUAUGGAAUGCAUUGUAAAGGGUCCACCUACUACUGAGUUUUCUAUAUGUUUUGUCUGCAAUGAUAGCGGUCGUAUUGUUUUGAAAUUUCAUGUUAAUUUUGAAAAGACUGCAGUUGUACGCAGCUAUCAACGGGAGGACAAUAGUUUCUGUUCGGACGACGAAGAAACAGAUGGUGAAUUUCCCUUUCAACGUGGAAAAUUAUUUAAAAUCGCCUUUGGCGUUGGUGACAGAGCAUUUAUUAUAGCAGUUAAUGGUCAAUAUUUUACCUACUACAAUUAUCCAUUCCGUUCCUUCUCGAUUUCAACUUUAAAAUGUUUAACAAAUAUUGUUGGUGAUUUUACAGUUAAAAAUAUCGAGUAUCAUUCAGAUUCUCCAUUAUUGGAUCGUGUUGAAAAAUUGUCUUUAAUUUAAAAAGGGGUUUGCAGUACACUAAUGGUUAAAAAUGCGCAAA